UUUUCCAACAGCCAACCCAUCGUUGAACACACAAACUCCCUAGUCCCUACAGUUUACAGAGACAGAUAUUAAUUAAGGAAAAAAAAAAAAAAAAGAACAGAAAAGAAAAAGAAGGGAAGAGCACUUGUCACUCUGCAUAUCAGAACUGCACAAAACUUGGCGUCUCGAAACGGCACAUAUUAACACCUAAGAAAGAGAGCGGAACCGAGGGAGAACAGAGAUCGAAUGCGACCUUUCUCUUUGGGCUCUCUCUACUUCUUCAAUCAUCUCUUUCAUUGUUCAGUCUUCAGUAUUCUCUGAUUCUUCAUUUCUCGAUUGACAUUUUCUUUAUUCGUUUUUUCUUUUUUUGACUUCUGGAUUUGAAGUAUCUGUGGAAGUGGUUGAGAGAGAAAUGAUGGGGUCAGCUUCGUUUGCAUCUCCGUUGUGCACGUGGCUGGUGGCUGCGUGCAUGUCGGUCACGUGCGCCAAGGAGAACAGGACCGCUCCACACGCGUUCCAUUCAUCGCAACCUAGUAACAGACUCAGUCGCUGGGCUCGCAGAAGAAAGACACUUCACGCUCAAUAUAAUAGCGACAGUAGUAAUAGUAUUGCAGCUGGUGGUGGUGGUGGUGGUGGUGGUGGUUACAGUACGGAAUUCCUUUCCAAUAGUUUGGUCUCUACCUUGUGUGGAUCCAGUUUUCAAGGAUUGAUGUCUUCUUGCUUAGCGUUUGAGCCUUGUAGUCAAUACUAUAGCUCUAAUGGCCUCUUUCGAUCCAGAAAUCUUAAUCGCAAGCAGCGAAGACUCAAUCGGCUCGCUCUUUCUGGAGAAGCCAUGGCAAUAGCUGUGCAACCUGAAAAGGAAGUUGCAACAAAGAAGAAACCAGCUACGAAGCAAAGGCGAGUGGUUGUCACUGGAAUGGGUGUUGUGUCACCCCUUGGUCAUGAACCAGAUGUCUUCUACAACAAUCUUCUUGAAGGAGUUAGUGGCAUAAGUCAGAUAGAGGCUUUUGAAUGUGCCCAAUUUCCAACGAGGAUUGCUGGAGAGAUCAAGUCUUUCUCAACUGAUGGAUGGAUUGCACCAAAACUUUCCAAGAGAAUGGAUAAGUUCAUGCUAUACAUGCUUACUGCUGGAAAGAAAGCCUUGGCUGAUGGUGGUAUCACUGAAGAUAUAAUGGAUGAAUUGGAUAAAGCUAAAUGUGGAGUUUUGAUUGGCUCUGCAAUGGGUGGCAUGAAGGUCUUCAAUGAUGCAAUUGAAGCACUAAGGGUAUCAUACAGGAAGAUGAAUCCUUUCUGUGUACCUUUUGCAACUACAAAUAUGGGUUCCGCCAUGCUUGCAAUGGACCUGGGUUGGAUGGGGCCAAACUAUUCAAUCUCCACUGCCUGUGCUACCAGCAAUUUUUGUAUAUUAAAUGCAGCAAACCACAUUAUUAGAGGCGAAGCCGAUAUCAUGCUUUGUGGAGGCUCAGAUGCGGCAAUUAUACCUAUUGGUUUGGGAGGUUUUGUGGCAUGCAGAGCACUUUCGCAGAGGAAUGAUGAUCCAGCAAAAGCUUCACGACCUUGGGAUAUGAAUAGGGAUGGAUUCGUCAUGGGAGAAGGAGCUGGCGUUCUGCUUUUAGAAGAACUAGAACAUGCUAAGAAAAGAGGUGCAAAUAUCUAUGCAGAAUUUCUUGGAGGAAGCUUUACUUGUGAUGCAUAUCACAUGACUGAACCACGUCCUGAUGGAAUUGGUGUCAUUCUCUGUGUAGAAAAGGCAUUAGCACAAUCUGGGGUAUCCAGGGAGGAUGUGAACUACAUAAAUGCGCAUGCUACAUCCACCCCAGCUGGUGAUAUUAAAGAGUUUGGGGCUCUCAUGCAUUGUUUCGGGCAAAAUCCCGGGCUGAGGGUGAACUCCACAAAGUCUAUGAUUGGUCAUUUAUUGGGAGCAGCCGGUGCUGUGGAAGCUAUUGCUGCAAUACAGGCGAUACGGACAGGAUGGGUUCAUCCAAACAUUAACCUGGAAAAUCCAGACGAAGGCGUGGAUACAAAUGUCCUGGUUGGCCCAAAGAAAGAGAGGUUGGAUGUUAAGGUUGCCUUGUCAAAUUCAUUUGGAUUUGGGGGCCACAACUCAUCAAUCGUUUUUGCGCCGUACAAGUGAAGUAGAGCUACUUCAACCUCACUGUAUUAAUGUUGAAGAUAAUCUUGAGAGGAUAAGUAAAUUUCGUUCAUUGGUUGGAAAGAAGAAUAUUCAGACUCAAUCAAGAGGGAAAUACUCACAUAUAUUGUCUUCAGAUUUGUCUCGUGGGUAGGGCUUGAUCAACUUUUGAACCAUUGAAUCACCACCAGUAACAGUCACCUUGUUUUUGUUCCAUAUAAAAGUAGAUGGGUAACCCCUUGUUUUAAUAGUCAAUUGUAAUGAAUUUUGAGUUAGCAGUUGACUAGGUUAUACUAAUGUAAUGGUUAUUUAUGAGCAUAUUUCUGUUUUCUUUAGCAUGUUCUUAUCUGUACAAUUCCUGUAUCCUUAUCAGGGUAAAUUAGCAUAAACUGUGUUCUUUUUUUCCU